AUGUCUGCCCCUGACUUUUUAACAGGAGCUGUGUCCAGAAGAUCUAGUCCUCCGAUUCACUAUGAACCCUAUAGCCCACUUGACCGCGUCUUUCAUACUGGGUCUAAUACUCCCUUGUCUCCAGCAAUACGGCCAGAUGCAAUCAAAUCAACCUCUAACAUAGUCGCGGAACCCAUCACCUCGGCAGGGCCCCGCGUGGGUUAUCAGAGCUUCUCUCCGGGAUCAACAGAGCCAGGCAAGCCAGCAUUACGCAACAAAUCGGGUAUGAUCCCGUGCUUUGCCGAUGUAAAAUCGGGCUCUUCAAUCCUGGCCGAGAAGCAGAAAGCCAACAGUGAUGCCUCAAGGCGAUUCCGCGGCCGCAAGAACGAAAUAGAGCAGCUCAAAGCCCAGGUAGAAUCCAAAGAUAAGGAUAUCCGUGCCCUUGUGUGCCAACGGGUCCAUUACCGUUCCGAGCGGGGCUACUUCCGGGGAUGCACCAGCCAAACAUUCAGCCAGGAAAGACCGAAUACUCCUGCUGCGCCGUCUACGAGUAGCCUUAACUUGCCAGAGAAUUCACCAAGCGUCCUUAUCCGAUCCAAACCUCCUCAUACCACAGAUUCAAAAGGAACAUACCCCCAUGAUAACGAGCUCCUUUGA